GCACACCACAUUCACUGAGUUGAAAAUGGCCGCCUAAGACUUAUCGUUAUCGCUCGUGUAAAAAAAAAUGUGCCUUUUUAAAAUGGAAUCAAUCGAAAUUAAUGUCGACAGCAAUUUAGGAAAAAUCAUUGAAAAUAAUUCAUUUAUCUCACAGUUCAAUAGCAAAAAACGAAAAGAUUUUGAGUGUUUCAGACCUUGGAACGACGCACAGUAUCGUGAUCACGUUGGUAGAGUUUGUCCUUGCUUGACUCAGAGAAAAGGAACAGGUGGACUGUUAAUGCACCCUAACGCCUGUUGAUCCAUUCCAUGGAGAUAACACCCAGACGAUCACUUUCCCUAAAUUUAGAAUUUACAAACAAAUAUUUUGGCAUUUCCACCCCAAUCAGAGAAAUGUGGACAGCGCAAAAUAUAAACACAAUGGAGGAGACCCACCCAUCUAGCUACAAAAUGAGUCACUCGCUGAGUAUGGAUGAUAACCGUGUGAAUCCCACUCUCCAUAAGAAGAACAACAUAAUACUUAGGAGUAUGAUUGGUAUAUUUGGUUCCCUAGGAAAUAUGGUCUCAAAAAUUCCCAGCUUUAUGUCUUCAAUAAAUAAUCCCCUGUCAGUAACAGUUGUGUCCAAUGAGGGUAUCAUCUCCCCGGAAUACAUCCUCAAAAACCUUACCAACAGUGGUGAUCAAGACACAUUACAGCCCCUACCAUUUUUCAACGAAAUUCAAGACAAUUCUUCAUAUAAUCCAAACUCCAAUGUCGCUGAAAUUUUCACUGAAAAAGUUCGGGGAAAACAUUUUUUGGAGGUUAACGGUCUUGCCAACAGUUGGAUUCAAGACCUACAGGGUGUUCAAGAGUCAAUGAACUCUUUCAACGAGUCCAACGACCUGAACCUGGCAAUUCAAGAGAGCCUCAAGAUAAACACUCACAAUAAUUAUGUAAAGGAUACACCCUUACAAAUAAUUGAUACCUUGCAAGACCAAAAUUUACAUAUGAAACCGAAGGGCAUUGAGAAAGAGCUGAUCAGAAUAGAGGAGGAGAAGAAAUCAAAGUGCAAGAUUGAUGAGAACAUACAUAAGAUUAAAGAAAGUCCUGGUGCCAUGGUCUCGGCAGUAGACAACAGCCUGGAUAGAAUGGUCUGUGAAAUACCUUCCAAGAGACCUCACCUCCAUAAAACUCGACGGAAGCCAAAUAUAAUAGCCAGAAGCAGGGGUAAAGCCAAGGGUAAAUAUCAAUUGAGAAAGUCGGGAGUGAGCCAGUCAAAGCAUAGAAAAGAGAGAACAAAGCAGAAUCUUUAUUCAAACAUUCAAGAUGAUUUAAGUGCUUGGGAGGAGUGGGACGAUGACUCUUUGGGGGAAAAUUAUGAUCGCAUACCAAGUGUUCAUGAGAAACACAGAGAUACGGAUGUUGAUGCUAAUAUACAUCAUAUACCGGAGUAUCCAAUGUUUGUUGAUACAUUUGUCCUUGGGGAGUCGGGAAGGACCCUGAACGACAGGAAAUUCAAGGCUCCUGAUAGGGGAAAGUUGUCUUACAGAAUGAGAUUCCCACCCGACUGCAAGGAGAAUAUCUUGUCACCGAUUACUCAUGACUUCCGACAAAGAUUGCUCUCAGAGAGCUCUAUUGAUUCUGAGGAUAGUUGUUGCAUUAUCUUUCAGGAUGAAUCAGAGUAUGAAUCGGAGAACGGCAGCUGUGGUAGGGAGAUGUAUGAAUUUGAUGACAGCAGUGACGAGGAACAGGGGCUGGAGAAAGAAGAAGAAGAAGAAAAUAGACCUGAGCAAAAGGUCCGUUUUAACCUUGAGCCAACGAUUCACACGAUGAUACAAUGGAACUACGCGUAUCGUGCAGCACGUAGAGGUCCCUGGGAGCAAAUGGCCAGAGAUAGGGACCGUUUCCGAGGGAGGAUAAAUUGUAUUGGACGUGUAUUGGAUCCUAUUCUUACUGUUGAACAUCGUGAAUGCAUUUGGCAUGAUCGUUUUUCCGUCAAUGAAUCAAUAGAAAAAUAGGGAAAAUUAUUUUCGAUUAAAACAAAAAUAAAAUGAGUAAAAAUUUGAAGAGUAAAAGUAAAGAGGGGGGAAUGCUGUAACUAAGAUCAAUUUUUCAUCAUCAUAGGAGAAGGAUUUUAAAGACUACGUUUGUUAUUAUAAUUUAAGGAUAUAUUGUAUUCGUUCAAGACACUCGGGUGCAAUAUGGUGAAGGAUCAUAAAUUAUAAAUGAUAAGCAAUUUGUUUAAUUUCAUGAACCACAAAUAUUAUAUUCCAACAAUCCAGAAAAAAACCGUUUAGCUGGUAAUUCCUCGGUAGGGAUCAGUAUUGGAAUUAAAUUCAAUAAGAAGCUGUUCAUGGUGGUGAUUCUCUUCGGAUAGUUUGAAUAACGACGCUUUCCAAAUGUAAAUAUAUACCAAAUUCAUGGUUACAGAGGAGUAUUCAUAUUUAAUAUAUACUUCAUUUGAGGUAAUUCGAAAAGACAGUUGUUUGCUUGUUUAAUAACUUUGUUACCAUGGUAUUGACGAAAAAAUGGUGGAUUUGAUCAAUUUUCAAACCCAAUUUUUGUUCUUGGAGAAGAAACAAUUUUCUAAUUCUGAGAAUAAAACCAGGGGAUCAAUUCCGAGACAAUUGUUAAUAUUUUUUUUUCAAAAAACUAUUACAAUUUUUCACUGCAAUAAAUGAAUAAUUGUUGGUAUUGAAUAUUUAGCAGAUUACGUUAUAAUUCUCUAGGAACUCAAUUUCAUCCAAUGUUCAAAUUAUAAAAGAGUUCGCUUAUUUGUUAAUAAUUAUGUUAGAAUAACUAAAUUGCAUUAUGAAGUAGUACCUACACCAUAUUCACCAAUCUGUAUAAAUACAAAAAAUAAAUAAGUGAAUCAUUCGCCUAGAUAAGUGUAAUUUAAAAAAAACAAUAUAAAAUUGAAAAAGUAA